UCUGCCUUGCUCUCAUUUGCCUCUCUUCCUCUGUCUCCCUCAGAUACCAGAGAGAGCAAAAUCAGCCAUGGCGAAGCUAACCUCCUUCUGGAUCCCCUUCUUCCUUCUCUCUCUCCUAUUUCUCUCUCUUUCUCACUCUUAUGUUCUUGCUGAUUCCCACUUCGAAGGAUUCGGACCAGAGGUCGACGACCUUGAAGAUGACGACCUUUCUCUCCCCCUCCGUCCCCCUCCUCUCACCAAGUCGGAACCCGAAUCCGUCGUAUUUUCUUCGCCGGAUCGCGACUCUGAUGUAUCGGAUCCGGUAGUCGAGCCAUCGAAUCCUCAAUCUCCACCGUCUGUCUCCGAUUCUCCGAAGCCUCCUCCGACCAGUUUUACUUACUGGGACGAGGACGAAUUCGAAGGCUUGCCGAUUGAACAACCACAAGAACCGGUACAACAGAGCUCCAAAUUUGCGGAGGAUUCAGCCUCCUCCAAUUCGAACGCUGAUCCAAAACCUGCCUCUCCGAUUCCCAAAACUGCGAAUGCACCGAAGUCAUAUGCUGUUGAAAUUGCGUGCGGGUCUUUCUUGGUUAUUUUUUUGAUCAACUAUUUUACAGGGAAGCGCGAGAACGAGAACAUUGCGCUGUCGUGGGCUGCGAAAUUCGCGACCAAGGACUCCAUUUUCGAGAGGAACUUCAGUCUGUUGGGUGUAGGGGAAGGUGAGGAUUCGCCUUUGCUGUUGAAAGAGGGACAGAAUGUCUUCAAAUUCUAUGCUAGCGGGCGGAGGUGUUGCCAAGGGUUGUUGGCAACAAUGGAGUUGAAGAGCCGACACGAUUUGAUCUCGAGGAUGUACAAUAUGGUGGUGCCGUGUAAGGAUGAAAUUAGCUUCGAGGUCUACAUGAAUGAUGACGCGAUGGAUCAUAUUAUCUUUGCUGUGGCGAGAAAGAAAGCUGCCAAAGGAAUGCAAAAGGAUUUGAAGGAUCUGCAAAGGUUUGCUGGGAUUUUGACGACUCCCAGUGGUAGAAAAUGGGUCCCUGAAGAGUUGAGCGUAAUUUCAGAAUCGAAGGAGGUUGCAUCUGAUUUGAUCACAGAGGCUGUUCUUGACCAGGUUUUUGGUGAAAAAUCCUUCGAGAAAUUUGGGAAGUACUUCAUCUCAAUGCACUUCUCGGAUCAGCUUCCAGGCAUGCACAAAAAGAUGCUGUUAUUUAAGUUUGCUCUCCCAGAUGCCAACAAUAUGUCUGACAUAUCUCAUCUGGUAGCUCUUGUACCUUAUUACAUCGACGUCAUUGGACGGUACAAGCUCAGUUCACAGGCCCGCUCAAAAACUGAUGCUGCGAGGUCGAAGGCUGCUCAAGAGGCAUACAGAGAGCUUCAAAAUGCUAGGCAAGAAGCCCUGCAGAAGAGGAAGGCAGAGAAGAAGAAACUGAUGGAAGAGGCUGAGGCCAAGUUAACUGCUGAGGCUCUUCGACGGAAAGAGGCGAAAGACCGUGCGAAACAGAUGAAGAAAGCAAUGCCCAAGAUAAAGAUGAGCCGCACACGUUAAAUGAGUUGAUUUUUUCCAAUGCAUUAUUCACGGGUCGAGAACUCAGACCCCCUCUUCACCUGGUUUUCUAAUGUUGUUUCAGAGCUGCUUAGCUGGGAUUCCUGAUUUCAUUGAAAUUUUGCUUAUCAGGGUAGUGGACCAUGUACUUUUAGAUUGCACUACACUAUCUCAUCAUGCCAUAAUAACAGGUCCAUAGAAACUAGCUUUCCUUUUUUGCUAAUUUAAACCUCUUUUCUUUUCUUUU